UGAUUUGAAUUGCUUCCCGUUUUCCAAUAACUUUGACCUAGAGGCAGGUUUUGUCCGGUGUUCCGGAAUUCCAUCAUCCUCUGGCUGAGAUACAACACAAGGCAAAUAGGAAGGAAACUCAUGGCUUCAAAAUAAUCUGAAUUUAUUAUUUCCCAUUUUCCAGAAACUUUGGCUCGGAGGUGGGUCGUGGUUGGCGUUCCAGAGCUCCGUCAUCCUUUGGGUGAGAUACAACACAAGGCAAACAUAAAGGAAACUCAUGGCUUUGAAAUAAUCCGAAUUUAUUAUUUCCCGUUUUCCAAUAACUUUGUCCCGGAGGCGGGUCAUGAUUGGCGUUCCGGAGCUCCGUCAUCCCAUGGCAUCAAAAUAAUCUGAAUUUAUUAUUUCCCAUUUUCCAAUAACUUUGGCCCGGAGGCGGGUCGUGUUCGGCACUCCGGAGCUCCAUCCUGCAUUGGGAUAGAAGUACGGUGAGGUGACCACAAAGGGACCUGAAUCGUGGUUUGCGCCUUCCUGCCAUGUUUGGGAGGCAAAGCUGGCCCUAGACGGAUGGGCGACCCCGGUUGACCCCGGCUGACCCCUGGGGCGGCCAUGGCGGCGGCCGUGAACACAGUGGACCAGGUUUACAUCGCGGUGGAGCUGGCUAUCGCGGCGUUGUCCAUCGCGGGCAACCUGCUGGUCUGCCUGGCUGUGGGCCUCAAUCGCUCCCUCCAGACGGCCACCAACUACUUCCUGGUCUCGCUGGCAGUGGCUGAUGUGGCCGUGGGGCUGCUGGCCAUCCCCUUCGCCGUGGUCAUCAGCGUGGGCCUUCGCACCGACUUCCACGCCUGCCUCUUCCUGGCCUGCUUCGUGCUGGUCCUCACCCAGGGAUCCAUCUUCAGCCUCCUGGCCGUGGCCGUCGACCGCUACGUGGCCAUCAAGCGUCCACUCAGGUACAAGAGCCUGGUGACGGGGAAGCGUGCGCGGGGCAUCAUCGCCAUGCUGUGGCUGCUCUCCUUCGGCAUCGGCCUGACGCCGCUGAUUGGCUGGAACCAGCGGUCCACCGUCAACUGCACCAACGGGACGGUCCGGUGCCUCUUUGAGGAGGUGGUGCCCAUGGACUACAUGGUCUACUUCAACUUCCUGGGCUGCGUGCUGCUCCCGCUGGCCCUGAUGUUGGGCAUCUACGCCAAGAUCUUCCUGGUGGCCUGCCGGCAGCUGCGGCAGAUGGAGCUGGCGGGCAACUCACGCACCACGCUUCAGCGGGAGGUGAGCGCCGCCAAGUCGCUGGCCAUCAUCGUGGGGCUCUUUGCGCUCUGCUGGCUCCCGCUCCACAUCCUCAACUGCCUGAGCCUCUUCUGGACGGGCUUUGCCAACCACAAGCCCCACUGGGCCAUGAACCUGACCAUCAUCCUCUCCCACGCCAACUCCGCCGUCAACCCCAUCAUCUACGCCUACCGCAUCCGGGACUUCCGAGGGACUUUCCGACGCAUCCUGGCACGGUACCUGCUCUGCAAGGACGAGGACUUCCCCAAAGGCGUCAAAGGGGGGGACGGCAGUGGCGGCGGCGGUAGCAGCCGUCAGCUCGCCGUCAGCAACGUCAGCACGUCACUGGCUUUCCUCUGAAGCGGCAGCCUCAUAUCCUGCAGCCCUUGGCCUAUUCCACGAUUCGGAGAUUCGUCGGAUUGUCUUGUGACAACGGCCACAAACAACCAUCUCACCGCCAGCAACGUCAGUACAUCACUGGCCUCAAACCAGUGAAGGCUCUUCUGCGAUUCGGAGGCCCAAACAACUAGAGGAGCGUUGUCGUCGGGUUGUCUUGGGACAAUAGUCACAAACAACCAUCUUGCUUUCAGUACGUUGCUGGCCUUGAAUGCUGUGGCCCUUCGGCUGCUUUGGACUCCAGCUCCCAGCAUUCCUGGCCACUGGACAAGCUGGUGAAGACACUUCUGCGAUUUGGAGGCCCAAUCAUCUGGAGGAACGUCGCUGUCCGAUUCUCUUGUGACAUCUGUCACAAACAACAAUCUCAUUGUCAGUACGUCACCAGUUUCUAAUGCUGUGGCCCUCCGGCUGCUUUGGACUCCAACUCCCAGCAUUUCUCGCUGGUGGGCAAGACGGUGAAGGCUCUUCUGGGAUUCAGAGAGGCGUCAUUGUCAGAUUCUCUUUCCAAGACAGUCACAAACAAUAACUGCCAGUCUUUGGUAUCUCUUUUCAAAAAGGAGUCUAUGGUUAUUAAUAUUUUCCAGUCCUUGUUACGGAACUAUUAUUAUUAUUAUUUGAUCACAGUUGAACUAUGACUCUCCACACCGAACUGUGGGAAUAAAGCGGACAGAGAGGGACUAGAUGACCUCUUGAGGUCCCCUUAACAUUAACUCUCAACACUCGAGGGACUUCGUUUAGGUAUCUUCGAGGAAACAGUCUUCUUAUAUAGGACUACAUUUCCCAUAAUGCUGAGAAUUAAGGAAGUUGUCAAAAAACCAUUUACGAAGGUUAACAACAGUCUUCUUAUAUAGGACUACAGUUCCCAUAAUGCUGAUUAUGGGAGUUGUAGAAAAACCAUUUUAAAAAGUUCACAACAGUCUUCUUAUAGAGGACUACAAUUCCCAUAAUGCUGAGAAUUAAGGGAGUGGUAGAAAAACUAUUGAAAAGGGUUAACAGUCUUCUUAUAUAGAACUACAGUUCCCAUAAUGCUGAGGAUUAUGGGAGUUGUAGAAAAACCAUUUACAACGGUUAACAACAGUCUUCUUAUAUAGGACUACAGUUCCCAUAAUGCUGAGAAUUAAGGGCAUGUAGAAAAAAAACAUUUUAAAAAGUUAACAACAGUCUUCUUAUAUAGGACUACAGUUCCCAUAAUGCUAAGGAUUAAGGGAGUUGUAGAAAAACUAUUGGAAAAGGUUAACAACAGUUUUCUUAUAUAAGACUACAAUUCCCAUAAUGCCGAAGAUUUUGGGAGUUGUAUAAAAACCAUUUACGAAGGUUAACAACAGUCUUCUUAUAUAGAACUACAAUCCCCAUAAUGCUGAGGAUUAAGGGAGUUGUAGAAAAACAAUUUACAAAGGUUAACAAGUCUUCUUAUAUAGGACUACAUUUCCCAUAAUGCUGAGGAUUAUGGGAGUUUUGGCCCACUAUAAAAAAGGUAAACAACUUCAAAACUCUGCCCUUAACAAACAUGAGGAAAAAUUACUACUGAAAAAGGCACCCGACUUCUUAUAGGACUCCCGUUCCCAUAAUCCAGCCAAGGUGUUGGGAAUGACUGGAAUCCACAAAAAAAAGGGUUAACAUUUCCAAGCUCUGCCUUGAACAAACAUGGGAAAGAAUUUGAUAACAAGGGGAAAAUUCCCAGUUGGGUCGGAUGGGAUAUCAGUCUUGUUUAUUUUGCAUCCUUCGGAAAUAACUUGUGGGAGUCAAUGAGCGAGAGUUUGCCGAGCUGAUGUUUUGCAGAAAGGUUUUCCCUUUCUUGUUGUCACUUCCUUGGUCUUAAUUUAAAUCUGUCAUCGCUGGUUUGCUUGGUGCUGCGAGGGGGGUCUCCAACGGGAAAUCAUGAGGAUGGUUUCAUGCUGAAUUGUUGCUCCGUAUUUUGUGUUUUGUAAUAAAAGCGUCGCUGCCGGCAAGAACUCCUGGCGCAGAAGAAGG